CUCAAGACACCAGAGCAGCACACUAGAAAGCUUCCUAGGCACAGUCUGUCCAGCCAACCCAAACUGGACAGGUCGAUGCAAAGCAAACGUGUGUUGGUACCCACUGAAGUUGACGAAGAAGAGAAACCCAAGGGUGCAAAACAGCUCAAGAGGGCAGCCCCGCUAGCACUAGAGGAUCAGAAAGUUGACAAAAAGGAAACCGCAAAGAAAGCUACUGCAGUGAAAGCAAAAGCUUCCAAGCCUGAGGUGUCAGGUGGUUCUUCCCAACAGGGCAACAGCACGACCAAACCAAUGGCACUUGAGAAUCAGCCCACACCAGGUCAGGCAAGUAAGUCAACUCUGCCGCCCCCUGCAAAACUUGAGCGAUGCAAGUCUAAUGUGAGCAAUGAUGGCAAUGGUGUGGCAUCAGCCGUAGAUGCAUGCCUCAACCGACAAGACACAGCCAAUUUGAACAAAACCGGAAAAGGCAUAGCCAAAGCAGCAGCAGCAGCAGACCCAGACCCGUCUGAACCUGACUCAAGCAGCAGUGAAAAUGAAAGCGAGAAUGGAGAGAACCCACAAGACGAGCAGGACCUUGAAAAGGUUUUGAAGCAGAAAGAAAGUCGCGCCAGGUAUAUGAGGUUUUACCGCUCUCUGAGAAGCAAGAGAACUCCCCUCGAGGUCAGACGGGCAGGGGCUGCGGCGUACAGGCAGAGUGACCGUUUGCAAGUACUGCUCGAGCAGUGGCUUGCAUGCAGUGGCCAAUGGAAGGCUUCAGAAUUCUACUACCAAGCACGACAGAAAAAGCGCUCUAGAAGGCAUGGCUGCAGAAAGUGGCUGACACGUUCUGAAAUAGCUACAAAGUAUGGAAGCUUUGACACAGCUGAUGGUAUCAUCGCCCAGAAGAUGCGGGACCCGGAGAUCAGCAAAGACCAGAUAAGAUGCCAUCCCGACAUGCACGGGCAGGAGACCGAUGACACUCGCCAAUACCUGGUGUGGGAUCAGGAUGGUGAAGAAGAAACGACUGAUCUUGUCACCCAGGCUUUGUUCCAGGCAGCAGAUACUGAUGAAAAUAACAAGAAGCCAGGCGUUGGUCAGGCUAGAAAGAAAAAGAGCAAGAAGCAGGACAAGGCCAAGAAGAAGAGCCGCAAGAAUAAGAAGUCCAGCAAGAAGAGAAAGGCAAAGUCCACCAGUGAUUCUGAGUCCGAUGAGUCAAGCAAGUCCAGCAGUUCGUCUUCGUCUUCAGAGAAAAGCAGUGAAAGCUCUGAGGAUUCCAGUGCCAAGCCGAAAAGAAAGGGGAAGAAGCAACCCAAGACCGAGAAGAACAAGAAGCUUGGACAGAGCAAGAAGUCCAAGGACCCCAAGGAUCAAACCGAGGAGGACAAAGAGAAAGCAAAGAAGAAGCAAGAGGAGAUUGCACGUAAAGCAGAGGAGAAAAGAGUCACAGAUGCACACAAGAAGGAAUGUCGAAAGGGUGAACAGGCCAUCGACAAGCUGACCAUCGCGAUUCACAAAACCACCAGCCUGCAGGGUGGAAAGCUUUCCACCAUGAGUCAGGCCGUGCAAGAUGCUAUCUUCCAGGAGAUGAAGCCCCAGGCAAAGGUCUUGAAAUCUACCAGGACCGAUCUUCAAUCACGAAUUGAUUCCUCGCAGGCAGGUGAUCUUGAUGAUCUGACUGAUGGCAUUGCUACGGCUCAGCGAGUCUUGAAGGAUUUCGGAACUUUCUUGAAGUCUUACAAUUUGAAAUGA